CAGAGUAUUGUUGUAUAAAGAACAGAACUAGAUUUUAUUUCCUCAACAAUAUAAGAGGCAUAUUAAAAAUUCUUUAGUUGAAAUGAUUAAAAUUUUGGAAGUUGAAAAAUUGUUUUGGAAAGGAAACAGUCGUUCAAAGUGCAGAUUUAGGAUUGUUUAGAGAUCUAGCGAGUGUUGUGAGACAGAAACUUACGAAAGAAGGAAAGAAAAUAAAGAAAAAGGAAGACAGGGAAGUCGGGGAGAGGUUGAGGAGUCUUUGCCGCACUGUGGAGGGAGACAAAUAGGCACAAUGCGGAAGAUACGCCUGUCUGAUACAGACCUGGAGCUAUUUGACAUAGAGAUUGGACCCACAGACUAUCUGUUCUACCAACGUCACAAAGAUGCCUUCAAAACUAUGUGGAGAGAACAGGGGAAGCCCUUUUGGACACGAUUUCAAAUUACAUUUCGGAGUUUUACGGUAAAACAUGGAAUUAUAAAGCAGAUGAAUAUAGACUCUCCAAAGUUUCAGAACCUGCUAGAUCAAGCCUUCAUUUUCAUACAUGAACAUUUUGUUGAUGGCAAAGAAAGUACAGCCAAGAAUUUUAUAGACGAUGUAGCCAGACUGGCUCAAAAUCAGGAUAAGUUUCCAGCUUUAGAUUCUAAGUCAUUUGCAAAAGAUCCAUUUUUUGCGAGAGAUACUCGUGAACUGUUUAGGAAAUUUUUUGGUCUUCCAGAUCAGAAAUCAUCAUACCUAAAGGUUUAUAUAUUGAGUCCAGUGUAUUUACGUUUUGGAGGUUCUGUGUGUAGAUGUUUGAUUCGUUGGAUGGAAGCGCCACAAAUGGACGAUCCAAAUGAUGAUUCAUAUUGGGUGCCUCCGCAACCAAAUUUGGUUGAUAAAUCUCGCGAUGAGACGAUAGAGACUACUAUGUGUUCUAACUGUGUCGAUGACUGUGGAACCCGAUAUUUUCGUGAAAAGAUUAUGGGAAGUAAAAAGGGACCCACUUCAAUGGAUUUUUGGACGUUGGGUGAUCCGCGCUUUAAAGACGGAGAAAAUCCACUUUUUGCUCCUCAUUUAAAUCCGGACGAUGACUGGCGUGAUUUACUCACUGUUGAAAUGUUCCGAGAUUUUUACAAUUACGCGAAGUUCAAAUAUGGCUCGCCAGAGGAUAAGUGUAAGGAAUGCCAGCGCUUGAAAAAGAAGCGUGACAAAUUCAUACAUGUGUGUAAACAGAAUAAGAAGAAAAAGAAACAAGAAACAAAAGAUAAAGAAGAACUGAUAAAAGAUUUAAAAGAGGUCCGUAAUCGCAUUGACGAACUUGAAGAGGAUGGGGAGUUACAUAGCGAUUACGAGGCUCGUAUUCAGGAUAUCAUAAAAGAUAAGCCCCGCGUACGUGAGGCUCUCGAAGAGGUGGGUAUAAAGCCUCCUGGGGCUUUAAGAUUUGAGGCUGAGCGCAAAGAGAAGUUGGAAAAACUGCAUAAUGAACAGAUAAAAGCUGAGGAAGAAAAACAAAAAGUUUUUAAGAAAACUAAAAGGAAGGCAAGUCCGGAGAAGAAAACUGGUGAUUCUGAAAAACUUGAUAAAGAUACAAAAAAUGUUUUAAAUGAAAAGGAUGAUAAGGCUGACAAGAAAAGAAAUACAAAAGAAAUUGAAAGUGAUACUAAUGUUAAUGGAAAGGAAAAAGACAGUGAAAAUGAAACAGUUUCAAGGGAAAGUUCGGUAGAAAAGGAACUUGGGAGUACAGAUGGUACUGAGAAAGACACUGAAACAGAAGACAGUGAAAGGGAUAGCAUAGCUAAGAGUGACGAUGAAAAGGAACCUCUUAAAAGUGAUGCUAAGGAUAAUUCAGAUGGACCCAAUGAAAAGGGCGAUUUGAGGGGAAAUAUUAAGGAUACUACAAGUGGUGAUGCUAAGGAGGGAAAGGACAUUGGAAAGUCAGGAGAAGCUGACCAUUCUCUUCAAAAAGAUGUUUUUAAUGAGGAAACUACAAAAAGUGACCAUACACAUUAUAGUUUCUUGUCAGAUAAGGAUCUGACAGCAAAUAAGAACAUUGUGUCUGGAUUUAAAGUCAUUAAGAUAGAAGAUGCAGACAAUGGACUCUUUGAAGUAAAUGUUUCUGCAGCUUGUCUGAAGUCUGAUGAUGAAGAAGAUUCAUACACAAAAGCCAUGAAAGAAAAACUGAAAGCACAAGAACUGAAUAACUUCAUUUUAUCAGCCAAUCUGCUCCGUGAGAAAAUUUCUGGUCUGCCCCAGAAACUGGAAUGGUGGGAGGGGCGUGGUUUUGCUGUUGCUAUUGUCAACUUUGAGGAGGAAGAGAAAGAAUUUACUAAGAAAUGGACAAACUUUACAUUGAAAAUAAAUGGAUAUGAGGAAAAUGCAAUAAAACAGACGCUGAUUCAGUUGUUGAUUUAUGUGUCAAAGCGCAAGCGACGAAUAUGUUAUGGUUGGAAUAUGGAGGUUGACGAUGUUGUAGCGUGUAUUUUACCGGAGGAAUCACCGGCAGUUGAAGAUCUUAGUAUAAGUAUCAGUCGAGGGUUCCGUUUCGAAGAUCGUUUAACAGAAUUUGAAAAAGAAUCUUUACUUAAACAUUAUCCUAAUUUAAAUCUUGACUUGGUAUUGACUGGUAUUGAGAAAGGUGCAGCUGUUAAAGCAUUGGAGAAGAAAGGGGGAAAAGAAAAAUUGAGGAAAAUUAUUGAAGGAGUUGCUGAGAAGGAGCUUUUUGCUAAAGAUUUACCAGUUGUUGAUGUUGAAAAACUGCGCAAAAAACUAUACAACAAGGAAGAAAUAACUAAAGCAGACAUUCUGUGGGAACAACUUAUUCGGAAACCUGAAAACUUUGAAUUUUUUGUUCUUUUGGAAAAAGAAUGUGUUUUAGCAGAGAAUGAUUGGUGGAAGCUGGGUAUGAGAACUAUGGAUAUUCGUGCCUACAACGAUACUAAAAAUCCUGACAAGAAAAUAUGCCCUAUUUGUAAAACUGUUGGUAUGGAUUGCAGUUGUGAGAAACCAGUGAUAAUAGAACCCAAAGUUGUAGAAUUUGUUGAAAGUUCUGAUUUCGAAAAGGUAAAAGUUCUUGGCGAUGAAGAUGGUCCUCAACUUCCAAAAAUGAAAUAUACAGAAACAAAUUUGAGCGUUGACAAACCAGCAAAGUCUGAGAAAAAGUCAGAGAAAAAAUCCAAGACAUCAAAAUCUGCAAAGAAGAAAGAGAAAAGGAUAGAAUUAUCAGAUUUGCCAGCAAAAUUCCUUGAAGCUGGUAUAGACGCAGACAAAACAACUAUAACUAUUCCAUCUCGUGACGAAGAACCAAUGAUGGGCAAAGUCCCCAUACCUGUGUCCGAUAAAUUGGAAAAAUUAGCUCCAGUGCCAGGUGUACAGAGCAGUUUGAAUUUUACAUUCCAAAAUGGGAAGAAAGAGCAGACAAUAACUGUCACACUGGGUGCCUACAUGCCCGAGGAUAAGAUCAAUGAAAUACAGGAAAAGAAAGGUCUCCUAAAGAUUCUAGAGGAAGAAGAGAAAAGAAGGAAUUCAAAAGCAACAGGACAUACAGAAAAGAAAGAGAAGAAGGAUAAAAAGAAGAAAGAAAAGAAAGAGAAACCCAAAGCGAAAUCCCCUCAGAAAAGUACCGCACAGGAGGAGGAUGAGGACAAUGCUACAAAGAAGGAGAAAACAGCGGACAUAACAACAAGGUUUUUACAAGAGAUCUUUGCUGACGAGGAGAAGUUGAGUAAAGUAACAAAGACGAUACAUCAACACAUGGGGCUGUCAAACAAACGGCAGGCAGAGAAAAAGGCAGUCAGAGCUCAGAAGAAACAAACACAAGCUGCUGCAGCAUCUUCUGGUUGUACAUGCCCCCACCAUGAUGAAAUUCAGAAAAUGAAGGAAGAAGAAAGGAGAAGACAAGAAGAACGAAAGGAAAAGCUGAAUGAUAUUGCUGAACAGCUUAUGGACGUGCUUGAUAACAAGAACACAAGCAGAAGAUACAGGGAGAAUUUUAUGCCAAAAGUUGAAAAAGAAGAAGAAAAUGACAAGAAGUGUGCAAAAGGGGAAGCUUGUAAUUUUUGUAAACCAAAAGAAAAUGGUACUAAAGCAGAGAAUGGAAAAGCAUCACCGAAAAAAUCAAAAAAAGGUAAUGCAGAAGUGGAAAGAGCUGAUGAAGAUAAACUAGCUGAUGAAGCAAAUGAUGUUAAAGAUGACAGUGGAUCGGAUAGAGCUGGAAGCAAAGAGAAGAAUGGUGUAGAAGUAAAUGGUGAUGUAAAGGAUGUAAGUUCUGAUGAGAGGGAAAGCAUGCAGGCAGGAAAACUGCGGAAAUGUGGCAACUGUGACAAGAUCGAGCCUGCAAGAAAAGCUUUCAAGAAAUGUCAAAAGUGUAAAGAUGAGGGGGUUCUUGAAGUGAGAUACUAUUGUAGCAGGGAAUGUCAAGUGGAUGAUUGGAAGAAAAAACACAAAAUGGAACACAGAGAUGGUCUGCUGGGAUAGACUCGCCCGCCAUCAUACUAUGUAUGGUGGAACAGAAGGAUGUUCAAUUAAAAUUUACUGCUAUCAAAUGAAUGUAUGGACAGAGAGGAUAUUGUGUUUAAAAUGUUUAAAAUAUUUGAAAUAGUAUUCUUCUAUACUUUGUGAAGGAGUGUGUUCUUCCAUACGUUUUAGUGACCCUUUGUGAUAUUUUAUUUUUUAUGAUUCAUAUUCGUACUUUCAUCGAAAAAUGAACUCAGUGUAACUUUAGUGAUGAAAAAGGAAAGUGUGUUAAACUAUGUGGAGGGAUUUGUGUUUGGGUGAAGAAAAUUACAGUAGUUACUGUCUUUUGCAGACAUGAUUGCUUGUUAACGUGUGUCAGUGGUAGUAUUCUAGAUGUGUGUAUCAUUUUAGUUCAUACCAAUUAUGUGAAGUUCUUGCAUCAUUGAAGACAUUUUUAUUUUAUUGUGUACUGUAGAAAUGAACCAUGUUGCCCUUUGUCACCUUUGGUUCGAAAAACGCAUUUCCUAUGCAGGAAUUAUUUCAAGGCAGGAAGCCAUCUGUCCAUCCACCAGACAAGCAAAAGACAGACGAUGCCUAAAGCCUUCUUCCGUCGUUAAAGCUGGAAAGUGACAAUAUGACAUACUUUUCAACACCAACGGAACAGACAAGAGAAAUAAUACCAUGCACACACAAACUGUUUGUUACUGUAUGCAUAUAGCGUUUACAUUUUAGAAUGUUUUUAUUUGGUGUUUUACUUGGCGGUAUUACUUGACCUAGCAUAGAAAGCAAGACUUCUAACCAAAGGGGUCCCUGUAAGUGUAGUGAUUUGUCCAAUCAAAAUGAUCGACUACACCUCCUGUGUAGAAGUUGUCAGUUACCACAUUAGAACUGAUACAAAAUCCAAAUACACUUGGUAAGCUGUCUGUCUUGCCCUGAUAUAACUCGUACUCGUAGAAGACUGGACAGAAUUUGCUAAUCUCGUGCUGAUUAUUCUUCCAAAUUGUUGGAAGUUUAUGCAGAUGUAUAACUGUACAUUGAAAUGGUUCGAGUUUUUCUUAGAAAUGUUAUGAAAAUGCUUUGCAGUGUUGAAUACUUUUUGCUACUUUACAUUAAUUGUAGAUAGAUGCUGUGCAUUUCUUUAAAUGUUCUUUUAAAUUAUACUUUUUGCUCCAGAUGUUAAGUGUUUAGUCCAGACUCGCUAAGCAGGUGUAUUUGUAUUCCCAGUCAUAAGGGUUCUUCUGUAUUUAGUCAGUCAGAAAUUGUAAUGUAAUGGUUGUUCUUUGCAGACUUUCAUAGAGGUCUUUUCAUGGUAGCAAUCAUUAAUUUCAUUUUACUCUAAGCCAUUUCAAAAAUGCCCUUGUACAUUAACAAUUCAUUUAGAUAUUAGCCAUUUCCGGUCAAUAAAUAUUCAGACUGUAUCUAUCGUUUGUUAAGGUAGUUAGGCAGGUUUAACAAACCGGAAGUAAUGGCGUUACAUCAUUUAUCCGGCAAACGUAGAAUAAAGCCUUGAUUCGGUGUACGGUAAUGAAAAUCAUUUUAUGAAUUAAUGGUAACUUGUGUGUAAAUUUAUUACAACGGCAACGUUACUGUCUUUCUGAAGUUAAAAUGUGAUAUUAAAACAUCUGACAUGUUACAUAAUUCCAAAAAAAAUAAUUGUAAAAUCAGCUAGAAAUGCAAGAAUCACUUUAAUCAUUAAAUAGAAAAAAAAAAUGAUGCGAAGUGCAGAACUACUUUUAGUGUAUCAUAGACCUUUGUUCUUUGGCUGAUGGACAGAUUGUUUUUGAUGUCAUGGUUACGUUUAUUUUAGGGUCAUUAGGUCAAGGUCACAAUCUAGUUUGAACAGUAACUGGGGCAGACAUCAUACAAUAUUUUCUGGGUGUGUUUAAUGUUUAGUAGAAAGUCUACCAGUUUAUGUUUAGCAGGCAAGAGAUGACUCCAGUAUUUUAUAAGUUUAUGUUUAUGUCUACAGUUGAUGAGCUUGUUUUCAGUUUGUUUUAGACAAGUUGUCAGGUGUCGAGUUCACGUUGAUUUUGAGACAGAAAAUGGUUAGUACUAGCAUUGCUGAUUACAAACAAAACUUAACCGGAGCUACAGCAGGGAUCAGUGCGUUUUACAGAAUCCUUCAGUUGUCCAAAUGGCAUAUCAUUCACAUAUCAGCUCAAAUAUCGUUCAGGGAAUAGUGUUAUAUAUUGUAGAGUAUUUUCUUGUAUGUAUUAUAUAUUCUUUUUUCGUCUUCCUAAAUCAGUGUUGAUCAUAUUAUAUUAUGUAUUUGUUUUUCAGUUGUGUUCUAUUUUAGCCUUAUGCCACAAUGUUUUAUUCCAUCAGGCCCUGAUCCUUUUUGUUUGAAAGUUGAUUAAUUAUUUGUCGGAUAUUGUAACCGUAGGACCUGCAUCAUUUUAAACAACUGAUGUUUCUUGAAAAACAUGUAAAUUAAACCAACAAAUGAUAAUGACCUUAAGUUUGAUAAUCACAGAACUGUAAAUAUGAGAAACGUAUUCUGAAAAAACACUUUUAACACUGCAACCAUUCACACACACUUGUAAUAGAAUAUGAAGUUCCUCUUAGGAGGUUUUUUUGCGUUGGGAGAAUUUAAAAAGCUACUGAACAACACUACGUAGAGGAAUGGGGGUAGGAAACGAUUGAAUACUAGUACAUUAAUGAAUAGGGCAUGGUUUUGUUUCUUUUAUCAUCAUGAUUAAUAUUUAAUAAAAUUGUUUUAAUUAUUCAUACGAAAAUAUAUAGCUUCCUUUAUUUAGUUUGCUGUAUGAUUAUUGAAAAUAUAGCUUUCCUUCCAUUAAA